CAUGCAAAACGAAUACGCCCAUUGGUGAGCUGUCAAUUUUUGAGGAUGCAAGCUGCAAUCAGCUAACCUCAAUUUUCACCAGUGGAGGUUAGUAAAAUUUACCACAUAGGGCACCCGAACCUAGAUAAACGUUGGUCUUUACAAAACCGUCCACUGUUUGGAGGCGAAAAAAAGUAAGAUAGCAAACUAGAGGCAGCUAUGGAAAGGCUAGCUAUCGUAAGCUAACAAUAUAUAGUAGCUAGCUUGCCAUGUUGUUGUUACUGGGGAAAUUAAAGCGAUUCUCUCUUCACUUGCGAGAAAUGCAGAUCAAUUGUCAACAGUACAAGUCAACACUAUGAUAGCUAGCUUUCCAAUGUUGUAGGUUAUAGGAUAGGUAGCUAGCGAGAGCUAGCUCAUCAUGACUCGCUCUUCCUAACGCGCCCGGAGAGUCAGUGUGACAACAGUCAGUGUGACAACAACGGAGGCUAACGUUCCCUACCUGGGUACAACGGGAAAAGUCCAGUGUCUUUGACAUAUGACGGUACCACUCAGCUGGAGAGAUGUACCCCCCAUCUAGAAAGGACUUCAUCGCGCUGACCCUCAGUGACCAACACAGCCGCAGCUACAACAACGGAAAGCACCGCCGCCAGUCCUGCUGGAGGAAGUGGAAGCAGCUGUCUCGGCUGCAGCGCAGUCUCAUCCUCUUCCUGCUGGCUCUGCUGCUGAUAUGUGGACUGCUGUCCUACCCAAGCUUCUCAGAGCAAUGGAGAGGCAUGUCGGACAGGGCGGUAAGGGAGGACUGGGAUGAAGACUGGGAAAGGGGCCUGAAACCCGUCCCUCCAGGGGUAAACCCUGUGGCUGGCCCAGCUGGAGGUCCGGUUGUGGGCCUGGCUGGUGUAGCGGUCGGCCCAGAGUUGGGUCUAGCUGUGGGUCCAGGACUCAUACCAGAGGUCAUUCCAGAACCCCGGAGGCCAAAGGUCCCCUCUAUACUCAAACCUCCAGCCAAGAAGAGACCAUUCCCCAACAAGAGAGGACCUCCAAGCCUGCAGAAGGAGCGGAAUGUAUCAGAUUCACUGGUAAAACCAGCUGAGAAAGUGCCAGUGGAGAAAGUGCCAGUGGAGAAAGUGCCAGUGGAGAAAGUGCCAGUGGAGAAAGCUGAAGAGGAGGAGGGAGAGAAGCCUCUUGUCAGCUGGCGAGGAGCCAUGAUCGAGGCAGACGAGGCUACAGAACCCCCACCCUCUGCCCAUGAGAAGGAUGCCGCUGUGCCUCCUGUGCCAGUCAACCCUGAGGACACAGCCCCACUGGCACCAGUUUCAGUGAAGCCUGUGGACAGGCUGGAGAUGGUGCGAGAGGCCUUUAGGCAUGCGUGGAAGGGCUAUAAGGAGUUUGCCUGGGGUCAUGAUGAGCUCAAGCCUGUGUCUAAGUCCUACGGGGAGUGGUUUGGCCUGGGCCUGACUCUCAUUGAUGCUCUGGACACAAUGUGGAUCCUGGGACUGAAAGAAGAGUUUGAGGAGGCGAGGAAGUGGGUGGAGACUGAGUUGUCAUUCUCUAAGAAUGUGGACGUGAACCUGUUUGAGAGCACCAUCCGGAUCCUGGGAGGCCUGCUAAGCACCUACCACCUGACUGGUGACGAGAUGUUCCUGGAGAAGGCUAAAGAUAUUGGCUUAAGGUUGAUGCCUGCUUUCAAAACCCCCUCCAAGAUCCCCUUCUCUGAUGUGAACAUUGGGAAGGGCACGGCCCACCCCCCUCGCUGGACGUCCGACAGCACCCUGGCCGAGGUCACCAGUGUCCAGCUGGAGUUCAGAGAGCUCAGCCGCCUCACCCAGGACCCGCAGUACCAGGAGGUGGUGAAUGAGGUGAUGAGGCUGGUCCAUAAGCUGCCAGGGAAGCAUGACGGCCUGGUGCCCAUGUUCAUCAACACCAACAGCGGCCAGUUCACCCACAAAGGAGUCUAUACCCUGGGGGCCCGGGCUGACAGCUACUAUGAGUACCUGCUCAAACAGUGGAUCCAGGGAGGGAAGACGGAACCAGAUCUGUUGGAGGACUACCUGGAGGCAAUAGAGGGGGUCAAGAAGCACCUGCUGAGAACCAGUGGCCCCAGAAAGCUGACCUUCGUAGGGGAGCUCAACCACAAUCGCUUCAACCCCAAGAUGGACCACCUGGUGUGUUUCCUGCCUGGCACGCUUGCGCUGGGUGCCCACAAUGGGCUGCCAGAGGAUCACAUGGAGCUAGCCCUGCAGCUGAUGGAGACGUGCCACCAGAUGUACAUCCAGAUGGAGACGGGCCUGAGCCCUGAGAUCGCCCACUUCAACCUGCAGCCCUACGACGGGCGAGACGUCGACGUCAAGCCUGCAGACAGACACAACCUCCUGAGACCAGAGACCGUGGAGAGUCUGUUCUACUUGUACAGGUUCACUAAGGACGCCAAAUACAGAGACUGGGGCUGGGACAUUCUAGAGAGCUUCAACAAAUAUACCAGGGUGCCAAGUGGAGGCUACACUUCCAUCAGUAACGUGCGCGACCCCGUGAACCCGGGUCCGAGGGACAAGAUGGAGAGCUUCUUCCUGGGGGAGACGCUCAAGUACUUCUACCUGCUGUUUUCAGACGACCUGGAGCUGCUCAGCCUGGACAAGUACGUGUUCAACACAGAGGCCCACCCACUACCCAUCUGGCAAUUGCCCCCUGUCUGAGACAGGAAGUGAUGUCAUAGAGAAGUAGCAUACCACGAGAUCCCAGGGUUUGAACUUCCUAGCUGUUGCCUUCUCAAGGGAUCCAGCUUGACUCACUGUGCACAGUAGAAGACAAACUCGUCAAUGGGUUUUCAAGUGGAAAGGUUUUCCUUGGAAGGGGGGGGCAUAGAGCUGGUCUCUUGUACAAAGCUUUUGUAGUUUGGAGUAGACACACUUGAGAAUCUUGAUGGCUUGCUGUUCAGUUGAAAAGAAACAAGAAGUGCGAAGGUCUCCAGAAUCAGCUCAACAGAAACUAGACUGAGACUCCCCCAGGUGCCAGUUUGAUUAUUUUCUGACACUAAAAGUAGUAUAAUCCUCUCCCCUCCCCGACCGGCUGACGAAGGAUAUGUAAUAAGGUGGAAGUACCAGGAGAGGAUUACGCUUUCCCAUUGAUUUGUCCUAUACAUUUAUGUUAGAGCAUUGUUUACCCUGAAGGGAGUACUGAAUACAUGGGUUGCAUUGUUGAGAGCCUUUAAUGGUAGGUGAAACACUCCUACCCCAUAGGUCUUUCAGGAGUUCCUCUCCUUGAUAGCCAUUACCACAGAAAUAGAAUGAGUAGAAUGGGCGUCGCCAUUUACGUCAGUUAAUCCAUAAUGGGUGGACUGGCGGCCAUUUUGUGUGUUCAUUCUAUUUCUAUGGGCCUUACACCACUAGUUACUACUGUCGAUGUGGAGGACCAGUUGAAGUAGCCUAUAGUACCGUGACUGUGAAGCUCCUGUGAUGAAAAAAUGCUUUGCACUUUCAACUCUAAAAUGUAAGGAUUUGUCUUUUUGUAUAUUUAAGUGGUGUGGGAGUAGAUUUGAGUAGUGAUGCAUGCAGGUGAUUCUGCGUGUUUUAGCUGAAUAGAUAAAAACCAACACUGAUGGCCUAUGAAUGAAAUGCCAUUAAUCAUUGUUGCACAUGGGACCACAGCCUACAAUGACAGUUCUUUUUUUUAAUGUAUUUAUGGUGAAUGUGUCUUUUUUUUCCAUCUUUUUUUUUUAAAAUUGUUUUGUUUUUUUGUUUUUCAUGAUGACUUCAUGAUGACAACAAGUCUAACCCUCCUGUUUCAUGGGAUUGUAUGAAGGGUAAUUGGGAAUGUAAUCGAGGUAAUGAAGUAAUGGCACGUUUGUAUACUUUUAAAUGUGAUUUCGCCAAUGCAGACAUAAGUUGUGUAAAUAACUCAAUAUUGCUGUGUUAUGAGAAUUUCAUGCAUAUUUCAUUUGGGACCAUGUGUCUGUGUAUUCGUCUCAUCGUGAGGGAGUUAAGGUUUAUGCAAUCGACUUGUAGGCAAGUCUCUCAUGACUGAACUGCGACAUUUUGGGUUCUGGUUUCCUAGAUUAAUCGACUUACCACAGCCUAAUUAGAGUGCUGCCACUAAGAAUUCUCAUGUUUGGGUUCUGGGUAGAAUAUAUUCUUGUUGCUUGAAUUAAAUCUGUUACAAAGCCAGA